AUUGGCGCUGAACUAUCCGGGCAUCUUAGUCCUUCUUCCUUUCGCGCCGGUAGCAGGAGAACCGCGCGUCCAUGUGCGCAUUGCCUGGGAUUUCAUAGAUCGUAUAAGCUACUGAAUCCGAUCCACAGCACAGCCUUUAAUAUGGAUCCUAACUCCCUGAUCGAGGCCCUACGGGGCACUAUGGACCCCAACCUCCGUGAAGCAGCGGAGAGGCAGCUGAAUGAGGGUCACUCGCAGAUGAACUUUGUGUCCACACUCCUCCAGGUCACUAUGUCCGAUCAGCUGGACCUCCCUGUCAGACAAGCAGGUGUAAUCUACCUGAAGAACAUGGUGACUCAGUACUGGAGUGAGGGUGAGAACACUGAGACACCUGUCUGCACCAUCCCUGAGGAGGACCGGCAGUUCAUCAGAGACAACAUCAUAGAGGCCAUCAUCCACUCCCCAGAGAGGAUACGGGUCCAGCUCACCACCUGCAUCCACCACAUGAUCAAGCAGGACUACCCUGGGAAGUGGACCGCAAUCGUGGACAAGAUCGCUUUCUACCUGCAGUCCGACAACAGCAGCGCCUGGCUCGGGAUCCUGCUCUGUCUCUACCAGCUGGUCAAGAACUACGAGUAUAAGAAGCCGGAGGAGCGGCAGCCCCUGGUGGCGGCGAUGCAGAUCUUCAUGCCGAUGCUGAGGGAGCGUUUCAUCCAGCUGCUCCCAGAUGCCUCCAGCGACUCUGUCCUCAUCCAGAAACAGAUCUUCAAGAUCCUCUACGCCCUCUUCCAGUAUAACUUGCCUCUGGAGCUCAUUAAUAGACAGACUCUGACCGAUUGGAUGGAGAUUCUGAAGACGGUGGUGGACAGAGACGUUCCUCCAGAGACGCUCCAGGUUGACGAGGAGGAGAGGCAGGAGCUGCCCUGGUGGAAGUGUAAGAAGUGGGCUCUGCACAUCCUGGCCCGCCUGUUUGAGAGGUACGGUAGCCCUGGAAACACCACCAAAGAGUAUGCUGAGUUUGCAGAGCUCUUCCUGAAGGGCUACGCAGUAGCCGCACAGCAGGUCCUGUUGAAGGUGCUGUACCAGUAUAAAGAGCAGCACUAUGUGGCUCCACGUGUUCUGCAACAGACACUCAACUACAUCAACCAGGGCAUUGCUCACGCUGUUACCUGGAAAAACCUCAAGCCUCACAUCCAGGGCAUCAUCCAGGACGUUGUGUUCCCCCUCAUGUGCUACACAGACAGCGACGAGGAGCUCUGGCAGGAGGACCCCUACGAGUACAUCCGCAUGAAGUUUGAUGUGUUUGAGGACUUCAUCUCCCCCACUACAGCAGCACAGACACUGCUCUUCACCGCCUGCAACAAGAGGAAGGAGGUGCUUCAGAAGACGAUGGGCUUCUGUUAUCAGAUCCUGACUGAUCCCGCCUCAGACCCCCGCAAGAAGGAUGGAGCUCUACACAUGAUCGGCUCUCUGGCCGAGAUCCUCCUCAAGAAAAAGGUCUAUAAGGACCAGAUGGAGUUCAUGUUGCAGAACCACGUCUUCCCCCUAUUCCGCAGCGAGCUGGGCUACAUGAGAGCCAGGGCGUGCUGGGUCCUGCACUACUUCUGUGAGGUGAAGUUUAAGAGUGACCAGAACCUGCAGACGGCCCUGGAGCUCACGCGACUCUGCCUCAUCAACGACAACCAGAUGCCCGUCAAGGUGGAGGCCGCCAUCGCCCUGCAGGUCCUCAUCAGCAACCAGGAGAAAGCUAAGGAGUACAUCACGCCAUUCAUCCGGCCCGUGAUGCAGGCACUGCUGCACAUCGUCCGGGAGACGGAGACCGAUGACCUCACCAGCGUCAUCCAGAAGAUGAUCUGCGAGUACAGCGAGGAGGUGACCCCUAUCGCCGUGGAGAUGACCCAGCACCUGGCCAUGACCUUUAACCAGGUCAUCCAAACGGGCCCAGACGAGGAGGGAGGCGACGACAAGGCCGUCACAGCCAUGGGCAUCCUCAACACCAUCGACACCCUGCUGAGUGUGGUGGAGGACCACAAGGAGAUCACACAGCAGCUGGAAGGCAUCUGUCUUCAGGUGAUUGGAACAGUCCUGCAACAGCACGUUCUAGAGUUCUACGAGGAGAUCCUCUCCCUGGCGCAUUCUCUCACCUGCCAGCAGGUGUCGCCACAGAUGUGGCAGCUCCUCCCACUCGUCUUCGAGGUCUUCCAGCAGGACGGCUUCGACUACUUCACAGACAUGAUGCCUCUGCUCCAUAACUACGUUACCGUGGAUACGGACACCCUGCUAUCAGACACCAAAUACCUGGAGAUCAUCUACAGCAUGUGCAAGAAGAUUCUGACGGGUGAGGCUGGUGAAGACCCAGAAUGCCAUGCUGUCAAGCUGCUGGAGGUCAUCAUCCUGCAGUGCAAAGGGCGCGGCAUCGACCAGGUGGUCCCGCUGUUCGUGGCGUCUGCUCUGGAGCGUCUGACGCGGGAGGUGAAGACUAGUGAGCUGCGCACCAUGUGUCUGCAGGUUGCCAUAGCAGCGCUCUACUAUUCCCCGCCCCUCCUGCUCAACACGCUGGAGAAUCUCCGCCUCCCCAACACCACCCAGCCAAUCACAAACCACUUCAUCACCCAGUGGCUCAAGGACGUCGACUGCUUCCUGGGGCUCCACGACCGUAAGAUGUGUGUGUUGGGGCUUUGUGCGCUGAUGGAUCUGGAGCAGCGUCCCCAGGCGGUCAGUCAAGCGGUCAGUCAGCUGUUGCCAGCGGCGAUCCUGCUGUUCAACGGCCUGAAGCGAGCGUACGCCUGCCGCGCCGAACACGAGAACCAGGACGAUGACGAUGACGAGGACGGAGAGGAAGACGAGGACAAUGCGGAGCUGGGCAGCGAUGAGGAUGACAUCGAUGAUGAAGGCCAGGAGUAUCUGGAGAUGCUGGCGAAGCAUGCGGGAGAGGACGGAGAUGAUGAAGAUUGGGAGGAAGACGACGCUGAGGAGACGGCACUGGAGGGCUACACCACCGCAGUGGACGACGAGGACAACUACGUGGACGAGUACCAGAUCUUCAAAGCCAUCUUACAGAAUCUGCAGACGCGUGACCCUGCGUGGUACCAGGCCUUGACUCAGACGCUGGACGAGGAGCAGACCAAAACCCUGCAGGACGUCAUCACACUGGCUGACCAGAGACGCGCCGCACACGAGUCGCGGAUGAUCGAGAAGCACGGCGGCUACAAGUUCAACGUCCCCGUGGUGCCCCCCACCUUCAACUUCGGCGGGACGGCUCCUGGGAUGAACUGACCCGGCCCCCGCCCCCCACCCCCUAACUCUGUGACUGAUUGUAGUGAAGUGAAAAGCUUGUGUUGUUCCCGAUCUGGUUCGGCUCACUCUUCAAUCGGACUGUCAAAUUGGCCAAAAGCCCCAGAAGAUGUAGGAGCACAACCAAACCAAACGCAACCAACGCCUGGGAGGGACUAUGGGCCGGACACACACACACACACACACACACACACACACACACACACACACACACACACACACACACACAGACACACAGACACAGACACACACACACAGACACACACAGACAUCCCCACACACUCAGACACUCCGAGACUCAACGCUCUGGACAACACUUACCCUGUGGGAGCCAGCCUUCUGGUCACCAAGCCGACAGCUCUUAGGUCUUCCCACUCCCACUCAUGGGACUAAACAGGAAACAGGAAAUGGACACCUCCCCCACCCCCCCCACCCCCCCCUGCCGACUGGCACGUUAGUUUUUUUCUACAUCGCCCCCUGUCUCAUAUCUGGUGUAAAUAGCAGCUGGGGGGUUGUCACGGCGACGUGAGGAGCCGGAUUGGUGUACACGACUGACUAGCACUUUCAUACGUUCAGGUCUCUUGCACUCCCACGCAGCCCGCGGCAGGUUUUUAACCCAUCCAUCUGAUUGAUUGGCGCGAUUGAAAGGCACAUUAGCUGAGGCCGAGUCCGGCCGAGACCUGGUCAGUGCCGCCAGGACACGUGCAGGGUUCCACACACACGGCUGAGGUUCUGCGGAGAGCCCGACAGUGCUGGGUUCCACACACACGGCUGAGGUUCUGCGGAGAGCCGACAGUACUGGGGGCUGCAGCUCAUGGGUUCUUCAUUGAAGCAUGUACUGUUGGACUUGAUCGUGAAGCUCUCAAGCUUUUGGUUGAUGUAUGGAUGAACCAUCUAUAUAUACAACAUAUUAAAACAUUACGCUGGA